AUGGCUGAGACGUUCUUGACUCCGAUCAUUCAUAGCUUGAUUGAUCUACUUAAAGACGAAAUUGGAUCCAUAAAGGGUAUCCGUAAAAAAGUUGAAAGCCUAAAGAGAGAACUGGAUAUCAUCCAGGCUCUUCUCAAAGAUGCAGAUGCAAAGACAAACAGAGAAGAUUUGAUCAGUGAUGCUAUGAAAGUUUGGAUGAAGCAACUAAGAGAAGAAGCUGAUCAUAUAAACGAUGUCAUUGAUGAAUACCGGUGGCAUGUGGCGCAGAGUACCACCAAGAAGUGUGGAUUCAAUGGUUUUUUAUGCCCAAUCAAAGCUUUGAAGUCACGUUAUACUAUAUCUUCUCAGAUUGAAGACAUCAUCCAAUCUUUGCGACAAAUCAAAGAUGUGGGUCAAGGAUUUGGUUUGAGUCAAUCUCUACAGGGUUUGCAAGGUUCAGGUGACAAAACUUCGUGGACAGAAGAGCAUGGUGAUCGAUUUGGUGCUCAUUUUGUUGAGGAAGAUGAAGAAUAUGUGGAUAUUCCUUUGUUUCAGGGACAACUAAAAAGCUUUUUGUUGGAAGGAGAGUCUCAGCGGAUGAUUAUUUCACUGGUAGGACAAGGAGGGAUUGGCAAAACUACUCUUGCUAAGAAAGUGUACAAUGAGGUGAAGCACAAAUUUGAGUUCCAUGCUUGGAUCACUGUGUCACAAUCCUAUGAUAUGAAGAUUUUAUUGAAGGACAUGAUGGGGCAGUUUGGACUAAAAGCUGAAUGCAGUAUUUUAGGUCAUGAUAUGAUGAUCCAAGGGCUAAUUACACCACUCAGGCAACAUUUGGAGACAAAAAGGUAUGUAGUUAUUUUUGAUGAUGUUUGGGAUACAAACUUUUGGGAAAAGAUGAAAUAUGCUUUGCCUGGUAAUGAUAAUGGAAGCAGGGUUAUUAUCACAACUCGCAAUGAAGUAGUAGCCCCAUGUGAUUUUGUCCAAAAGUUGGAAACUUGGUCUCAUGAUAUGGCUUAUGAGUUGUUUUGUAAAAAGACACUUUGUCCUGUAGAGCUGGAGAAAUUAUCUCAUAAGAUUAUCCAAAAAUGUCAAGGCUUGCCACUUGCAAUAAGGGCUAUUGCUGGUUUAUUAUCAAGAAAAAAUGUCCAAUUUGAGUGGCAAAAAGUUCUUGAUAAUAUCGAUUUUGAAUUCAAAACAAAUCCUCAACUCACAAGAAUUUUUAAAAUUCUUUCCCUUAGUUAUCAUGAUUUGCCUUACCACCUUAAACCUUGCUUAUUGUAUUUUGGUAUUUUUCCCGAAGAUUAUUUGAUUGAGAAAGAAAGACUGUGUGGAUUAUGGAUUUAUGAGGGUUUUGUUCAAGCAAGAGAAGGCAAAACAGUUGAGGAAGAAGCUGAAGGAUACUUGAAUGAGCUUGUUGAAAGAAAUUUAGUUUCGCUUGAGUUUUUAUAUGGAACAGUGAAAGGUUGCAAGGUGCAUGAUUUGAUGCAUGAGUUCAUCAUAUCAAAGGUCAAUGAUUUAUGCUUUUGUCAAAUUCUGAGCCAAAAAACUUCAGAAUUUGAUGAAUACAAACAUCGUCGCUUGUCAAUCCAUGGAACCAUACCAACAUCUAUAACUAGAAAAAUCCAACAUUACACAACUAUUCGCUCGAUUUUACUUUUAAACGUCAAUGAGAUUGAGUGUAUUGACAAGUCCUUUAUGGUUGCUUUGUUUCAAAAUUUAAAGCUAUUGAAAGUUUUGGACUUUGAAAAUGCACCUCUUGAUUAUCUUCCAAAAGAAGUGGGGAAUUUGUUUCAAUUGAGGUACUUGAAUUUGAAAGAUACAAAUAUCAAAGCUCUUCCUGAGUCUAUAUGUAACCUUCAUGAUCUACACUAUUUGAGUCUUGAGAAUACUCAAGUGGAUAAGCUUCCAAAAUCCAUUGGCAAGCUUCAUAAUCUGCGUGUUUUGAAUAUUUUGCAAGCUUUUGUACGGGAGCUUCCAAAGGAGAUUAAUAAGCUUUCCAAUCUCCAACAAAUUUUUGCUUCACGUAAAGAGGAUUCUCUAGCCAAUUUGUCUGCGGUAAAGAUACAAGAAGGAUUUAGUUUUUUAAAGAAUUUAGAAAUUCUUUUGCAUGUGGAAGUGUAUCAAGAUGUGGUUGGUUUCACAAAUGAGUUGAAGAAUUUGAGCAAUUUGAAGAUGUUGGGUGUUUCAAAUUUGACUAAAGAAACUUCCAAAGCUAUAUGUGAUGUCUCUAAGAGGUUGAAUCAUCUCCACACUUUGCUUCUGAGUGUUGGUGAUGUUGAUGAGAUUCUAGAUUUGGAACCGAUUUCAUCAUCUCCUCCUCCAUUGUUGCAUGCACUUUACUUGUCAGGUCGAUUAAACAAGUUCCCUCAUUGGUUAUUAGAUAUUAAUAAUUUGGUGGUGUUGAUUCUACGCCAUUCAAAAUUGACAGAGAAUCCACUGAAAUAUCUAAAGGACUUGCCCAAUCUGACAUGCCUUCUUUUGAUGGACAACUCAUAUGAAGGAGUGCAACUACACUUUGAGGAAGGCAGUUUUCCGAAACUCAACGAGAUUCGCUUAAAAUAUUUGCCUGAGUUGAAGUUUAUGAAGAUAGAUAAAGGGGCGUUGCCACUCCUUAAAGUGUUGAUCAUCGAAUCAUGUCCACUUAUUGAGGAGGUUCCUUCUGGCAUUCAGUAUCUAACAAAGUUGAAGAAAUUUGGUAUUUGGAACAUGCCCAAGAAUUUUGUGGAUCGAGUGCAGUCGAAUGAGGGCCCCGACUAUUCCAAAAUUCAACAUUUACCAAUAGUGGACAUUAUGUAA